AUGAAAAGGUGCCUGUAUCCAGCUCGUCUCUUACGUCCCUCGGUCUUGUCUCUCUCGCGUCGCGUAUUCGGUGCUUCGCUGCACUCGGGGCUCCGGAUCUGGAGACCCUCUCUGGGAAGGCGACAAUGGGGUCGCCAGUAUUCCGUCGGCUCUCCGCCACCUCCAUUUGAUCGCCGGUUACUCGAAUUAUAUUCCUCGUCGGAUAAGAGAAAAUCCCCCCUUCCCUGGCAGCAGCGAGGUGACCUGGAGGCCUGGGUGACGUUGCUGGAGCGAUAUAUACCGCCCUCGUUACGGAAAUGCUCGCAAGACGCCGACACCUAUAAUGCACCGACGGCCACAGCAACCGCUUCGACCCCCGAGUCGUUUGCGCAAACCAUCGAGUUGAAUAUCUUGUUGUACUACGCAAGGGAUCUAGCAGACCUAGACCUCUUGGCUCAUUUGGGGUACCGGCUGAACAACUGGCCUGCGGUGCAUCACUUACUGGGUCGACUGCUCGAUGCUGCGGAUACACUCAAUUCGGUUGCGGUUCCCCAUCGAGGCCUCUUUGAUUACAGCUGGAGUCGUGGUACUAAUUUAUCGCUGGAUCAGCUUACUGAUCAAAGUGCAGACUCGGCUCCGCAGAUCGACUCGUUAUCUGAGCCCUCGCAGGUCUCCGAAUGGACAACCUUGGACGGUUUGACCGAAAGACCAUACGCAGAUGAUCAUUCGAACCGGAUAAUGGCGGAAGUGUGGCAAAGCUUGGGCUCUAUUGUACUGAAUUCAGCCGACGCUUCGCCAAAUGAGUCGAAAUCGGCGAUGUCUUGCGUGUUCCAAACACUUGCACGUCUGCACCAUUCUGGAGCCGUCGCUGAUCGAGUGUACAAACAUGUUCCUCCCUCUUUUCACCAGACUGUCUUUCGACCGCCCGGAAUGCACCUCCUCUCGACCCACAUCAUGAACGUUCUGUCGGAUGCGGCUUGGCUGAUGCACGAGGCAGAGGUGGCAGCUCGGGCUGCCGCCGCUGGCGAGGAUUCUCCGUACCUUCCCUUCAAGAUGGGUAUUCGCGAACUUGGACCUGAGAUCUGGUUGGAAUUUAUUCUGUGGUGUUGCGUCGAACAUGGACAUAUCAAAGAAGGAGUGUGGCUCGUCAACCAAAUGAAACAACGCACAGGGGACCUGGCGUGGAAGUUUGAAAGCUGGAGACCCCUUCUCCAGCGCCCGGAAUCGGUAUGGAAGACUUCUAUCGACCAGGAAGAGUCAUGGCGCCAUUCCCCAGUUGAGGAGCGCACGCCGUCGCUACGGAAGCGUGUUGUUCCUCCGCCUUUCAACGGCCUGGGCAAGCGAACGGUCAGCCUUGAGGUAGCCACGGCAUUGCUUGAUAAUGUGCCCAAUCAAGUCUAUCGCGGUCUAGGCUUCCGAGGCAUCUCAACAAAGAUGCUUCUAGACCAGGCCUCUUCCCUCAGUAUGACGAUGGCCUCAGCAACGACGGCCGGAGAUCCCCUGCCAACCAACAUGGAAUCCAACCGGUUUGUUGUUCGUGUUAUUGAAUCCGGAGGCUUCAACCAGGAGGUUGACCCAGGCGCUUUUGAGAACCUUCUCCGUAUCACCCCCCAUGUGGUACCGCCAUGGAAUCUCGACCUUGAGACCGUUGACGUGGAGGAAUUGGAGUUGCUGGAGCCAUCACAAAUUUACGACGAGAGCUGGGCUAUGGCCGGACUCAUCGAGUACAACAUCAGGUCUUAUACUUCACGGGGAUUAUGUGCAGACGCCAUUAAUGCGAUCGAAUGGCUCCAGAGGGUGAUUGAUGCCAGCAAGAUGUACCGCAUUGACGAGUUCUUCUCGCAGGACAACUCCCCAGAUCCCGAGAAUGUCCCCGUCCUGAACUUCAGCGAGCUUGUUUCUCUUCUACCACUUGACACGUCAAUGCCACAACUCUCGGUCCUCACUCUGGCGCAGCUUCUUGAUGUGGCUACGACCUCGCGUGCAUUUAGCUUUGGGGAAUGGCUCCUUUUGUCGGAUGAUCUUGAUGGUCCUCCAAUUCCUCAGAAGUUAUAUGGCAACCAAGCUCUAGCGCCGUCCAUCAUUCGGUUCGCCGCUGUCACCAAAAACACCCAAUUGUGCGACCUCGUGGUGCAGUCCCUCUCGCAACCCCUGUCCACAAACACAGUGCGAGCUCUGCUGAAUUUCCGGAUGGCGAUGGGCCACUGGGACUCUGUGGUCUUCAUGCUAGAGUAUCUCCGUGACUUCCGAUUUAAGUCUUGGGGCCACAGCAAUGUAACUGCACUCGCCGCUGAAAUCGUCAGGUUAGAUCAUGUUAGUCAGCAGCAACAAUCAUCCGAGCCUUCAGAAAAGGAACGUCAUGGAACGAAUCUCGCUCAAGCAAAAUCCAUCCUCCUCCGGAUCCUUAAUGGUGAAUUCAAUGAAUUGUCCCGUGAAGUCAGAUCUAGGAAUCAGCGCAAGUUCCUCUUUAUGCUCCAUCGAGUCUUCCUCUCCAUUCCCGGCGCUCUCCACGACGUCGCCGCCGAUGCCACCCUUCAAUACACACCGACUGCACGCUCUAAAAUUCCCUACAUCCCCUCCGCUGCCUUCCUUCCCCUCCUCUCCGCUCUUGUUGAUACCCAGGGCAGCGCAGCUGGCCAACGCAUGUGGCAGCAGUGGUGCCUCGACAUCCGAUCACCCACCAACCGCCGUCUCCACGAAGGCGGCAUUUUCCGCUUCUACUCGCGCGAAGAACGCAACUUCGCCAAUGUCCCACACUUCGACUCGGCCUCUGUACAAAAAGCCCAACAGAAGGCGACCAUCCCGAACCCGAACACAGUGCGGGUCAUCGCCCAGGCUGCCGUCAAGGAACACAACGACUUUGAAUCUACUCGUGUCAUCGAGUCGGAACAGAACAAUGCCUCCUCAUCAUCUUCGCAGGCUGUAUCUACACCCUCAAAAGCAAACCCCGCGACCCCUGUUCUCGAAUUUUGCGCCCAGCAAUUCAAAUCCUUGGGUCUACGCCGCCGCGCAAUCAACCGUGAGGUCGGCGGCCUGGUGCACCGGAGAAGCAAAGAACUGCGCAAACAGCGCAAACUUCGCGAACGGUUUGAACAGUCUGAACUGGUUGACCCGUUUGAUCAGUUAGACCUGUUUGAUCAGUUUGAACAGUUGGACCAGUUAGAGCAGUUAGAUCUGUUAGACCAGUCUGGACAACAGAGCAAAGAGCCCGAACAGCCCGAGCAGCGCAAAAAGCGCAAACAAAGCGUAGAGCGCAAGCAACGCAAAAAGCACAACCAGCGCGCAAAGCGCAGACAGCUCCAACAAAUGGAGAGAUCGGCUGCUGCUACUCCGACUACUGGCUAA